GUGAGCGGAAGCGGAAGGGGGCGGUGGUUCCGGCGCUCCGCGGGCGGCCAUGUUGGAGCGGCGGUCGCGGCGUAUCGGCGGGUCUGGCGGCUGCCGGUGUCAACAGUUGUUUUCCCAGUAAUUUGGACCUUUCCAAAGCGCCCGCUUGCCUAAUGCCAUGAAUAUUGCAGUGAACAAUGUGGAAGAAAAAGCCGUCCAUUCCUGGUCAAGAAUUUCUUCUGCAGGACAGAAAGUGCUGGAGGAAGCCCUCCGAGUCUUCAACCCCAUGUCCAAGGACCUUUCAGACACAGAGACCCAGCUGGUGGCCUUCAUUCAGAGCCUGAAGGAGGAGGGCUACCAGCCCACCAUUCUGAGGAGUAAGGAUGUGUAUGGGUACAGCUCGUGCACGGCGGACACACCGACUCAGACAAAAGAGAGCAGUCCCCAGCACUGUGCCAGCACUACCAAGAGUCCAACCAGGAACACCACAGCCAUGGCAAAGGUGCCUGCAGAGCCCACCACCGUGCCAGUGAACUCUCUGAAAGUCUCCACUCAACCUGUCCCGAAAGGGGAUUCCACAAAUCUCCUCUUGAGCUCCUUGAAGCAGACAAAAUCCAGCACAUCCAAGGCUGCAGCAGUGGGCUUCCCUACGAACGUGUAUCCGGAUGUGUAUCCAGCCAUGAGACUGUCGGUAGUUCUAGAAGCUCUGGUGCCACUGAAAGCCACCCCAUCCUGUUUGGGGUCCAAGUACACACGAGGGCGUCUUGGGAUCUCGCCCUCGGAUCUUCAGCUCCUCAAGGCUUCGAGUCCCGCAAGGAAGUUUCCUUCAGGCAAAGCAGCCAAACUAACCAAGGGUAAGGGCUACAAGCGCUUGGUAAAGAAAGCACCGGAUUCUGCCACCCUGGCUUUAAAUCUCCUGAAGGGACCAAAGGGUGGAGUGCUGCAGGAGAGCAACGCUUGCAAAGCCUCCGGAGUCCUCAACGGGAGAGUCACAGGCAGCUCGUCCCAGGGCUGCACUGCAACACCACAGGCCAAGACCUUGAAAAUCAAAGAUAAGGAAGCUCUGGUGGGGAAAACAGAGUGGAAGGACAGCAGCACCUACCGGGAGGGCACUGGGCAGAAGAAGAGAAGAGCCACAGAGGCGAGGGAUGCACCACAGAGGAAAAAAGCAAACACCAUUCCUGCCCGAAACAAACCCCGCCGAGCUCAGAGCGCUUUGAACCUGCUGAAAUUCCGGGCCAUCAAGGUGGGCAACUCUUCCUCUGACGAGGAAAUGAGGAAGAGAGCACAGAAGAUUCUUAGGGUCAACCUGUCCCCCGUGAUCCGAAUUCAGCCCUUGUCCCAUGCUCACAGCGUCCCCUGAGGGUCUUCACUUUGUCACUUUCUCCUUUUGUAAGUAAGUAAAUACGAGCCCAACACCAGAGCAUGGAGAGGUUGGAGACUGGAGCUCUGGUGCCUGGGGGUGACCUGUUCACUGACCUGCAGACAGAUCAGCUUGCUCCCAUGCUGCUCCUGCCUCGUCUGCUCUGCAGAGCUGACUGCAGAAGCACAAGGACCCAUUGGGGAUGAUGCCACAAGCCCAGCAGGUCGGGGGGCUCGCUUCUCACCUCAGGACAUGGCAGGCUGAGCUUUCGUGCAGGGGGAGGACACGAGACUUUCUCAUGACAUUGAUGCACUGUGAUAUUGCUCUUUUUCAAGCUGUACAUUUACUGGGUUUAUUUUGGUCAAAUUUUAUAACUUUAUUAUCUAUAUAUCUAUAUAUCCAUAUAUGUGCACAUGGCCCAGGAGCUGUGGGAAGAUGCAUUCCCUCCAUCCCUCUGGGAUUGGGUUUGAUAGCUUUUGUUCCCCUUCAGCCAGUGUUUUGUUGGAAGGUGCCAGGAUUUCUCUGUGAUCCAGUGUUGUGACAGCUUGUUCUGGGCUCUGCUGAGCAGCCCAGAGACAGGCAGAGCUGUAGCCACUUGUUUGCCUCCAGAAAUGCCAAGCAAUUUGGAGAAUUACCAGCUCAUCACUGACUAUAGUUUUAAUCACGGUUUUGUUAUUACCUCUGCAUAGGGGGGGAGUGUUAUGGGGCUGUUGCCUGCAGUUCUCUAGGUGCCUCUUGUGUUUGUUGAUAGCAGAAGCUCUGAAUUCAUGCUAGGGGUUUGCCUCCAAAGAGCGAUUCCUCCUCAGCACCAGUGUUGUUCUGCUCUCCUGCACCCUGGCUGCAGCCAUAGAACAUGGACUGGGACUGUCAGAGCUGAGGGACUGGAGCUGUGAGCAGGAAUUGUGCAGUGUCCUGCUCACCUUGUGACUGCAUUGCUGGAUGUUUGAGGAGCAGGUUCUAGGUAGGGAAGGCACAGGCUGCAUUUGAAUGUAUUAGCUACAUCCUGCUGUUCCCAGGCCUCGGUGGGAUACUUGAGCCUGAAUCAAAGCAGAAAAGCAAAAGAUUUGACAGAACUGAUGCCAGCAAUUAAACAGAUUGUUCCUCUCUGUCGGUUUGCGGGGUGAAGCAGUAGGAGGGGAGAUCAGCACCGUGUUGUGACGGGUGGCAGCUUUGCUGCGCCAUCUGGGACGUUGUGAGGAGGUGUGUGCCAGGUGUGAAAGCUCCCGGAGCGCAUCCCCAGGAGGAACUGUG